AGUUCGCUGCAGGAAAAGAACACAGCUCACACCUGAGGAAAGUGGCUCAAAGGGAACGCCAGAAGCGAUCAUUGGCUCCGGCUUUCCCAACCUCUGAAUGUGAUUGGCUAUGAAAUUUUCACCGGCGGACGGGCCCUUGAGGAGAGUCCGUCUGACGCAACAACGUCCUCCCACCGACGCAGCGCGGUAUUUAUGGCUGCGCGCGAAAGGCUUCCUUGUUUAAGCGAGCGCGCGGGAUUACCGUGUGAGGAAGAGGAAUCUGCUUAAAAGGAGACAAAUGAAUUCUAGGAUGAAGCAGAAACUGGAUGCUGAGAAGCCCCUUGUUACAAAGCAGGCUUCUACAAGUAGUACAAAUUCCACAUCACAGAGGCAGACCCUUAAGAUGAUACAGCCAUCUGUUACAGGCUGUCUAGUUGGCCGGACCAGUGAGGCCAAAUUGUCAAUCAAGAGGAAACUUUGGAGUGAUCAGCUUACCUCAAAGGCUUCCAAGUCUGAAGUUGCUGUUGAAACAGAAUACAGAAAUGUAAGAGGAGGUGUCCAAGCUUCCGAUCUUACAGCAAAAGGCAAUCCUUCAUCUCAGUACUGGAAAGAAUUAGCUGAGGAGAGGAGGAAAGCUCUGUAUGAGGUGUUGCAAGAAAAUGAAAAGCUCCAUAAAGAAAUUGAAUUAAAAGAUGGCGAAAUUGCUCAUCUAAAAGAAGAGAAUGAAGAGCUUGCAGAACUAGCAGGCCAUGUACAGUAUAUGGCAAAUAUGAUUGAGCGUCUAACUGGACAGGUACCAGAAAGCUUGGAGGCCCUGAAAAAUCUAGACCUGGAAGAAAUUGCGUAUGAAGGUGAUUCUGCAGAAGAGGAGCUUGAUGGCAAAUCUGAAGGGGAACCUUCACAGCUCUCAAGUAAUUCUGCAGAUCUGCUUACAAAUGAAACGAGUAAUCUGUGAAGUGUUGGGCCUCUAAAGGGGAAAAUGAACUGCCAGUAGUCAUGUCUGGGGUAGAGGAAGAAUGGAAUCAUCUGAAAGCAAAAGGUUUAUUUGACAUUUCAGAAGAUUUGUUUGGCUUAUGGAUGUGUAGCAAUGGAAGUAAAGUGUUGGACUGCAUCUGGUCACUUGGUUAAAAGGGAAUACUAUGUAUUUCAGCUUGUAAAUAGGUUUUUAUUCAUGUGUGUACAACUGCCAAAUAAACUUACCUGCACAAUCA